AUGGCCAUCGGCAUGGCAGGGCGUCGGCACACCCGACGAGGUCGCUACUGGCACAUGGGCAUCGUAUUCCUGGUGUAUUCCAGCUUCCACGCGUACUCGGCCUCGAUCGGCGGCGGAAGUGAAGAGAAGGGAGGAUACGAUCUGGGCAACAUCGAUUUGUCCAACAUUACGCCGAACCCAGCCUUCUACGCUACCUCCGCGUCAUCCUCGGGGGAAACUUCUGGCGAAAGUGAUACAGCCACACCAGACGAAGCGGGCCCCACGGAGGAAACGAAACCGGCCGCCGGUCGGGCACACCACAGCCAUCCCACGUGGAGACCGAAGCGCGAAAACUGCACACCACCGGCGAUCGAGCAGUUCCCGCAGCCACUGAUGGGCCCGAACGUGAGGAAACAUGGUGGUCUGAUCAUACACGUGCUGGUGGCCAUUUUCACCUUCCUCGGACUGGCUAUCGUGUGUGAUGACUACUUUGUGUCGAGUUUAGACAGAAUAUGUGAAGGUACGGCUCAAUAG